AUGAAGGUUUUCUCCAAUCAGUUUGAUGUUGAUGGAAAAGUUGGUAUCAUCUCCGGAAGCUCGCAGGGCUUGGGAUUGGCCAUGGCUAAACAGUUAUAUUCCAAAGGUGCUAGUGUAAUUCUCAUAUCUCGAUCAACUGCGAAAUUACAAAAGGCUAAGAAAUCAAUUUUAGGUAGCUCUGUCAAAGUUCAUAAAGAUCAAUUUGUCCAAUAUUUGGCUGCGGAUCUUAUAGAUUACAAUUCUGCUUCUCAGAUCCUUCCAUUACUGGACGAAUUGAAAGUGGAGAAGCCUGAUUUCCUUAUCUGCUGUGCUGGCGCUGCUCAUCCCCAGUAUUUCCUCAAUAUGACUGGCAAAGACUUGGACUUUGGUAUCGACACGAACUACAAGACAUGCGUAAAUCUUGUUCAACUUGUUGCCAGACGAAUGGUGGAUGAAAGUACUUCCAUUGGUGAAGGUGGUCUCAUUUCAGAUAUGAAAACCAGUAUGGGAUUCAAGAGUUCCACCAUCAGACAUAUUGUUUUGAUAUCAUCAGAAGUGGCCUUUUUCAGUUUUAUUGGGUAUGCGGAGUAUGCUCCUGCAAAAGCUGCCAUCAAGGCAUUUGGAGAUGCCAUUAGACAGGAACUGGCACCAUACAAUGUGAUGAUUCAUGUAGUUUUCCCUGGUAACUUUGCCUCAGAAGGUUAUGUUGAAGAGAAUAGGACGAAGCCUGCCGCCUGUAAGGAACUCGAAGGUCCUUCCAGUGCAAUAUCUAGCGAUCGAUGCUCGCAGCGGAUUGUGAAGGGUCUUGAGCGUGGCCAGGUGUACAUUUUUACUGAUUUUAUGGGAUGGUUACUCAAUUCCUUUAGUCUUGGGAUCGGACCAAGAAACUGGGGAAUUUUCCAAGUGUUCUUUGCUUUGAUUGGUGCUAUGAUUGGAGGUAUUUUUGAUUUCUUUAAUCAGGUUACAAUCUUUGGAUACUUCCGUAAAGAAAAAGGGUUCAUCAAGGACAAGAAUAAUUGA